CGUCGCCGCGCACGCUGAUGACGCAAGGACGCACGCCCCUCCGGCGUUACUGAAAACAACGGAGCUGAUAUUGGCGUCUAAAACAGUGCAGCAAUGAAUUGGAACAAAGGAGGACCCGGUGUGAAGCGAGGAUUUGGCUUCGGAGGUUUUUCCCUCGCAGGGAAAAAGGAGGAUCCCAGCCUCCCUCAGAAGUCUCACACAUCAUUCGGAGCGUCCGGAUCAGCCGGAGGAUACGGCAAGAACCAGCAGCAGCUGCCGUCAUUCUACAAGAUUGGAACCAAGAGAGCCAAUUUCGACGAGGAGAACGCGUAUUUUGAAGAUGAUGAAGAGGAGGCCGGCAGCAACGUGGACCUGCCGUAUAUCCCGGCCGAAAACUCUCCCACACGGCAGCAGAUGCAGGGCGGCCGCGGAUCGGACAGUGAUGACGAUCCUCUGGACGCCUUCAUGGCGGAGGUUGAGAACCAAGCUGCUAAAGACAUGAGGAAACUGGAGGAGAAGGAGAAAGAGAAAAAAUCUGCAAAGGGUAUUCGCGAUGACAUUGAAGAAGAGGAUGAACAAGAAGCCUACUUCCGCUACAUGGCAGAGAAUCCCACCGCCGGGCUGACCCAGGAGGAUGAGGAGGAGAACGUCGACUACGACAGCGACGGGAACCCCAUCGCCUCCACCACCAAGAAGAUCAUCAUGCCUCUGCCUCCGAUCGACCACUCCGAGAUUGAUUACGCUCCUUUUGAGAAGAACUUUUACAACGAGCACGAGGAGCUGCACAGCCUGAAUGGGACUCAGGUGUUGGAGCUGAGGCAUAAACUGAACUUACGGGUUUCUGGUGCCGCGCCUCCAAAACCGUGCACCAGCUUUGCACAUUUCAACUUUGACGAGCAGCUGAUGCACCAGAUCCGGAAGUCGGAGUACACUCAGCCGACACCCAUUCAGUGCCAGGGCGUCCCCAUCGCUCUGUCCGGACGCGACAUGAUCGGCAUCGCCAAAACCGGCAGCGGCAAAACUGCGGCUUUCAUCUGGCCAAUGCUGGUUCACAUCAUGGACCAGAAGGAGCUGGAGCCCGGGGAGGGCCCCAUCGCCAUCAUCGUGUGCCCGACCAGAGAGCUCUGUCAGCAGAUCCACACGGAGUGCAAGCGCUUCGGGAAGGCCUACUCGCUGCGCUCCGUGGCCGUGUACGGAGGAGGCAGCAUGUGGGAGCAGGCCAAGGCCCUGCAGGACGGGGCCGAGAUCGUGGUGUGCACACCGGGCCGUCUGAUCGACCACGUGAAAAAGAAGGCCACUUCCCUGCAGAGGGUCACCUACCUGGUGUUCGACGAGGCCGACCGCAUGUUCGACAUGGGCUUCGAAUAUCAGGUCAGAUCCAUCGCCAGCCACGUGCGUCCAGACAGGCAGACUCUUCUUUUUAGCGCUACUUUCCGCAAGAAGAUCGAGCGUCUGGCCAGAGACAUCCUGGUGGAUCCGAUUCGAGUAGUGCAGGGAGACAUCGGAGAGGCGAAUGAGGACGUGACGCAGGUGGUGGAGCUGCUGCCCAGCGGGACCGACAAGUGGGGCUGGCUCACCAGGCGCCUGGUGGAGUUCACCUCCACGGGCUCCGUCCUGAUCUUCGUCACCAAGAAGGCCAACUGCGAGGAGCUGGCCACCAACCUGACGCAGGAGGGCUACAGCCUGGGCCUCCUGCACGGAGACAUGGACCAGAGCGAGAGGAACAAGGUCAUCAGCGACUUCAAGAAGAAGAACCUGCCCGUCCUGGUGGCCACCGACGUCGCCGCUCGCGGUCUGGACAUCCCGUCCAUCCGCACCGUGGUGAACUACGACGUGGCGCGGGACAUCGACACGCACACCCACCGGAUCGGCCGGACGGGCCGCGCCGGGGAGAAGGGCGUGGCCUACACCCUCCUCACCAACAAGGACACCACGUUCGCCGGCGACCUCGUGCGCAACCUGGAGGGGGCCAAUCAGUCCGUCUCCAAGGAGCUGAUGGAUUUAGCCAUGCAGAAUCCCUGGUUCAGGAAAUCCAGAUUCAAAGGCGGAAAAGGGAAGAAGCUGAACAUCGGCGGAGGCGGUCUGGGCUAUAAAGAAAGGCCGGGUCUGGGAGCCGAGAGCUCUGACCGCGGAGGAGGAGGAGGAGGAGGCGGUGGCAGCAGCAUGUUAUCAUCCGCCAGCAGCUAUGAAGGCUACGUUAAACCAACCACAGGGGCGAUGGGGGACCGCAUGUCUGCAAUGAAACAGGCCUUUCAAGCGCAGUAUAAGAGCCACUUUGUGGCGGCGUCCAGCGGCCCCCCGAAGCUCAGCGCCAAGUCCAGCAGCUCCUCGGGCUGGACCAGCGCCGGCAGCCUGAGCUCGGUGCCAACGGAGGCCGCCAACGGCUCGGAGCGGGCCCACGCCGCCGCCGCGCUCUCCAUGCCGGCCUUCGCCAGCGCCGGCACCCUGAGCUCGGUGCCCGCCGGUCCCGGCCCCGCCCAGCAGGCCUACCCUCCCCCGGCUCCCCCCUCGCCCAGGGAUCGCCACGGGGACGACCGCGGCCGCCACGGGGACGCCCACCACCACCACCAUCAGCGCCACGGCGACAGGAGCGACCGCCACAGCGGCGAAGACCGCUACGGGGACCGGGACCGCCACGGGGACAGAGAUCGGGACCGCCACGGGGACCGGGAUCGAGACCGCGACCGGGACCGCGGCGGCCGCCACGGCGACGGCAGCCGCAACGGGGAAGGAAGCCGGAGGGACAGAGAGGAGCGGAGGAGCGAUCGGGAUGGGGGAGACAGGGGGGGCGACGGGGGGCGGGACCGAGGAGACGAUAGCUUCGCCGUGCCCGAGCCGCCAAAACGCAGGAAGAGCAGAUGGGACAACUAAAGAGAAACAAAACGGAAAAACCCACAUGGAUAGAAUAACACGUGCAAGCACCUGCUCCACGCCGGGCCGGUGUUUCUAUGCUGACACAAGCACAGAGCGAGGGGGGGUGGGAGGACGAGGGGGGGGGGUUAGCAUCCCGCUCACAGGAGGCGCCGCAGCGUCAGCAAGGACGUCCCGACGAGCUCCGAGCUCCACACGAGCAGCAAAAACUGUACAUAUCAUGAGGACUGUUGUUCCUGUCAGUCACUGGAGGGGCGAGCAGCACCCCAACUCCCCCCCAACCCCCUCAAAAAAAAAACCCAACCCCUCAUUUAACAGUUAGGAUGUACCGUCGUCUCUUCUCACCACGCUUUCCUGCUCGCUCUGUUCUCCCUCCACACAGCUAUGUUUGUUUGUGUGUGUGUGUGUGUGUGUGCGCGCGUAUGUAAGUGUGUGAAUAGCGUUUUUCGUGUCUUCUGUAUGUUUUAGUGAAGUGCCUUUCCCGGGCAUCAGUAUCAAAUGUUUUUUUUUUUUUUUUUUUUUAGUAUGAUGCUUUCGUCGGAGAGGAAUUUGAAAGGAGUGUCCACUCACACCGUGAAAAUGAUGAGUUUUGAUUAAAAAGCUACUUUGGCAUCGA